AUGGAUGUUCAGGAGGAUUUGGUGUACUAGGCGAAGCUGGUAGAACAAGUCAAGCGAUACAAUGAAAUGGUGGAAUCAAUGAAGAAAGUAGCAGGAAUGGAUGUGGAGCUGACAGUUGAAGAACGACACCUUUUAUCGGUUGCGUAUAAAACAGUGAUUGGAGCCAGAAGAGCAUCCUGGAGACUCAUCAGCAGCAUUGAACAGAAGGAAGAAAACAAGGGAGCAGAGGACAAACUAAAGAUGAUUCGGGAGUACCAGCAAAUGGUUGUAACUGAGCUCAAAUUAAUCUGCUGUGACAUUUUGGAUGUAUUACUGGACAAGCACCUCAUUCCAGCAGCUAACACUGGCAAGUCCAAGGUUUUCUAUUAUAAAGUGAUAGCGGACUACCACAGGUGUCUGGCUGAGUUUGCCACAGGAAACGACAGGAAGGAGGCGGAAAACAGCCUCAGGGCUUACAAAGCUGCCAGUGACAUUGCCAUGACAGAACUUCCUCCAAUGCACCCCAUUCUUUUAGGUCUUGCUCUCAACUUUUCCGUAUUCUACUAUGAAAUUCUGAAUUCCGCUGACCGUGCCUGCAGGUUGGCAAAAGCGGCCUUUGAUGACGCGAUUGCAGAACUGGACACGCUGAGUGAAAAAAGCUAUACGGACUUUAUGCUUACCACGCAGCUGCUACGUGAUAACCUGACGCAUUGGACCUCAAACAUGCAGAGCGAUGGUGAAGCGCAGAAUAAAGAAGUGCUGUGGUUUGUGGAAGAUGAAAAUCAGUGAGCCGUACUAAAGCCAACAAGAGAACACAUCUCUGAUCACCCUCCCUCCCCACCGUC